AUGGGGGUGGCCAAAGCCAUCCGCCGUCUCAGUGGGGGUGGCGGGGUGGGAGAGCUCCAAGAAGAGGAAUCAGUGGAGUCCCCCACCACCUGCCAUAAUGGCAGACCUGCUCUGGCCCACCAGCGCAGUCGCUUCGUCAAGAAAGAUGGCCACUGCAAUGUGGAGUUUGUCAACCUGAAUGAGAACGGCCUGCGGUACAUCACUGAUCUCUUCACCACAUGUGUGGACAUCCGCUGGCGCUGGAUGAUGGUCAUCUUCUGUCUCUCAUUUGUCUUGUCCUGGCUUCUCUUUGGUUUCACUUUCUGGCUCAUUGCUGCUCUGCAUGGGGACCUGGCACCCGACCAACCACCCGACUCAAAGGCUUGCUUCUCUGAGGUCACCAGCUUUACGGCCGCUUUCCUCUUCUCACUGGAAACCCAGACGUCCAUUGGGUAUGGCUUCCGCAGCAUCACAGAAGAGUGCCCUUCUGCCGUCCUGGCUGUGGUUUUCCAGUGCAUACUGGGAUGCAUCAUUGAUGCCUUCAUUAUUGGAGCAAUCAUGGCCAAGAUUGCCAAGCCCAAAAAGCGCAAUGAGACCCUUAUCUUUAGCGAUACUGCUGUGGUAGCCAUGCGUGAUGGGAAGCUCUGUCUCAUGUGGCGUGUGGCCAACCUGCGGAAGAGCCAUCUGGUGGAGGCCCAUGUCCGGGCACAGCUGUUGCAGCCUCGUGUGACCCCUGAGGGUGAGUACAUCCCCCUGGAUCACAAUGAUGUCAAUGUAGGCUUCGACAGUGGCACUGACCGCAUCUUUCUGGUGUCACCAGUGACAAUCGUACAUGAAAUUGAUGCUGAAAGCCCCCUGUACGAAUAUGGCCCUGCUGAUCUGGCUGAGGCUGACUUUGAACUGGUGGUUAUCUUGGAAGGUAUGGUGGAAGCCACAGCAAUGACCACACAAUGCCGUAGCUCCUUCCUGCCCAGCGAGCUGCGCUGGGGACACCGCUUUGAGCCCGUACUCUUUGAACGACGCGGCCACUAUGAGAUUGACUUCCUGCAUUUCAAUCGUACAUAUGAGGUACCCGGAACCCCAGCUUGCAGUGCUAAGGAGUUGAGUGAACGCAAAUACAGGGCACCCCCUGCAGGGGCCACAGCUGCUCGUGCCUCCUUCUGCUAUGAGAAUGAGGUAGCACUCAGCUGUUGCCGUGAGGAAGAGGAGGAAGAGGAAAAGCAAAGCAGCAGGCGAGUGAGCCUGGAGAAUGAGAUGUCCACCACUACGUGA